AUGAAUACCUCAUGCGAUAUGUAUCCUUCCCAACAACCUGAGCAACAGUAUGUUUACGAACAACAAAUGCCAUCGACAUCUUAUGCGGGUGGUUAUAAACCUCCAUCAUCUUAUUCUUAUUCUUAUCGGAAUCAAGCUCCCGGCUAUGACAUGAGGAUACCAUAUCCGCAGAAUCCAACUUCUAGCAGUGGUGGGAACAUGCUGAGAGCUGAGGCUGGGUUAAAUUAUCCUUCUCGCCCGCAGUUAGACCGAAAAAUGAUGAAUACACAUGAGUGGAUGAAAAAUCAUCGAUUUAUGAACGUAGCUCAAGAGCACUGUCGUCCUGGAUCGGCAGUAAGAGAUUUUCGAUAUUUUUUUCAACUUAUGACUCCUUCUGUAAUAUCACGUUUUACGCAUAUGUCAGCUGCUACUGAUGUCAGUAUAUCUAGUGUACAAAGUUUGCUAAGUGAUGUCCGACGGCUUGAAGAAUUGGUAAUUGAGCGUACAACACACUCUGCGGUCCCUUCUUCAUCCUCCUCGUGCGUUGAAAACAUCGAUCCAAAUAGGAACUUAGAGUAUGAACAGACAGCUACUGCAUGUUUGGAUAACAUCUGCAAUAUAAUUCAGGAGAGUAUUGCUAAUCAGGAUAAGAACUCACUACGGAGUGCCACAGAUUCGUUGUUUAUUAUAACCAAGCACAGCGACUUCAACGUGGCGUCAGAGUGUAGCCUUGAGGCGUUAAUGAGAAAACUGGUAGAUCUUAUUACCAGAUUGGAGCCUGACAGGCUUGAACCAGACUUGGCUGCGAUUAUGGAAAGGACAUUAAGUGCAGUUUCACGGAUGUUAGCAUUUGAUAAGAUGAAGAAACUUAUGGAUAAGGUUUGUUUCUUUUUAAGACUAAUGUUUGAAAUCUUUGCUUUCAAAAUCUCCUAGCG